AGCGGUCCACGGUGACGUCACACGCUGGUCUCUGCUGCUGCUGUGGGCCGCAGUUUGUUCAGGAGGACUAAAGAUCCCAAACUACUGUAGGCUACGAUCUCUUCCUUCACCAACUGCAGCCGGAUAAAACCUCUUAAAAUGGGCAACUGUCAACCCACAAUCGUGCCCUAUGAGGAGUUUGAUGUCAUCGCUGACAUUAAGGCCAUCCGCAAAGCCUGCAAAGGGUUCGGAACCGAUGAGCAGGCCAUCAUCGACAUCCUGGCCAACCGCUGUUCAUUCCAGCGCCAGGAAAUCAAACAGGCUUACUUUGACAAGUACGAUGACGAGUUGGUGGACGUGUUGAAGAGCGAGUUGUCGGGUAACUUCGAGAAUGCCAUCCUCGCCAUGCUGGACCUGCCCGUCAUCUACGCCGUGAAGGAGCUGAGGAAGGCCAUGAAGGGAGCGGGCACGGAUGAAGACGUCCUGGUGGAGCUCCUCUGCACUGCUACCAAUGCUGACAUCGCCUUGUUCAAGGAAUGCUACUUUCAAGUGCAUGAACGGGAUCUUGAAGCAGAUAUCGAGGGAGACACAAGCGGGGACGUCAGAAACCUGCUCAUGGCUCUUUUGGAGGGCAACAGAGACGAGAGUUACGAUGUGGACGAAGAUCUGGCUGAACAAGAUGCUACCUCCAUGUUUGAGGCAGGUGAGGGUUGCUUUGGGACAGAUGAGUCCACGUUCAGCUACAUCCUGGCCUCCAGGAACUACCUGCAGCUCCAGGCCACAUUCAAGACAUAUGAGCAGCUCUCUGGAACUGAAAUCCUGGACGCCAUCGAGAACGAGACAUCUGGGACACUGAAGAAAUGCUACAUUGCUCUUGUGAGAGUCGCUAAGAACCCUCAGCUCUACUUUGCCCGGCGUCUGAACAAAGCGAUGAAAGGAGCGGGCACCGACGACGACACCCUCAUCCGCAUCAUCGUGUGUCGCUCUGAGUUCGAUUUGGAGACCAUCAAAGAAAUGUACCUGGAGAAGUACGAUGUGUCUCUGAAGGACGCCCUGAAGGACGAGUGCAGCGGGGACUAUAAACGUCUCCUGCUGGCGAUCUGCCACUGAGAGUUCUCCUGAGUGGAUGUGGAUGACAAAGGCAGAGACGGCAGAGUGUGUUUAUACCGAGGGCGCUGUUUCCCGUCUAACAAAGUAAAAUCACUCAGUCUCUCCAUGCGGCAUUAAGCAGGGAGCAGGAGGCUGGAAGUGGCUCAUAACUCUGAGUUAAUGUUUAUCUAAGUGGCGCCAAUUUUGAACUUUUUCAACAGGCAUUCAUUACAACGUUGGCUUCGAACUGGAUUUACUUAAGUCUCCAAAAGUACAGUUUCUGUCAAUCACUGUCCAUUUCUUCGGCAGUGUUUAGCAUCAUUUUCUAACGUGUUUACUAGCAUUUACAGUCAGUUUUAGUUACUAUAAACGAGCAACAAGAUGUAAACGUCCUAGGAAAACACCCAAAUGCACUGAGUGUGUUUUAAUCAGAUGGAUCUACGGUUUGUUAUCACGUCGUAAAAGUAAUUCAUGUUUGUACCCUAGCAUGAAGUCGGCUUUAACCCGCUGCUGCAUUUACAGAAGUUAUUGAAAGUGUUACUAAUGAAGAAGUAUUAGAUCCAAUUAUUCUGUAUUCAAGUUGAUUUUGUUGUCCAAGGCCGCUGUCGUUCACCCUCCAUCCCCCAAAACUCAGUGACUGUUUUAUUUCACCGCUGUUAUUACUAAUGCAAUCAUCCAAUAAGAAGCUUGAAUUUUGAAGAAAUGUGAACGUUUGUUAUGAAGGGCUAUACGUUUGUGUCAUGAAGGUUAUGCAAUGUUAUGUGAAAAGACAGGAUGGAUUUCCCUCACAGAUGAUUAUCAAAAGAGAAUAUAUUUUAUCAUGUUCUUGUUGAAGAAAACUUUAUAUUCAUUUACAAUAUGUUGCAUUUUUAUCCACCAGAAAAACUUGACAAAUCCAAAUGCACCUCAAAUUGCUCUCCUUUUUUUUUUGUAUUUUACUACUAACACAGUAGAGAGUUAAUAUAUUAACAUUAAUAUAUAUAACAUUAUUUAGUUGACUGUAUAAGGUAGGUCAGAGAGUAUCAAUGUGAAGAAACCUGUAGGUAAUAUGUAACAUCCAGACAGUCUGACAUCUGUGUCAUUCUCUGUCACUGUAAGGCAGCUGAGAUUUGUUCAAAUGACCACUAUUGUAAACAUUUUGAGUAGCUGAGUAUACACUAACUGAAAUAUGAGAUAGGUAAAACAUGAACCAGGAUAUCAGAUGGGUUGUGUCUCUCUAUAGCCAAAGAUUUCCAGUGUAAUUGCAAAUAAAAUUCCCUAUAACAUCA